AUGCCAGGGGCCUGGGCGCAGCUGCUGCUGCUGGGCCUGAGGCUACAGCUCUCACUCGGUUUCAUCCCAGUUGAGGAGGAGGACCCAGUCUUCUGGAAUCAGAAGGCAGCCGAGGCCCUGCACACCGCCAAGAAGCUGCAGCCCAUCCAGACGGCCGCCAAGAACCUCAUUAUCUUCCUGGGGGAUGGGAUGGGGGUGCCCACGGUGACAGCCACAAGGAUCCUAAAAGGGCAGCUGAAUGGCCACCUGGGGCCUGAGACAUCCCUGGCCAUGGACCACUUCCCAUACCUGGCUCUGUCCAAGACAUACAACGUGGACAGGCAAGUGCCAGACAGCGCAGGCACGGCCACUGCCUACCUGUGUGGGGUCAAAGCCAACUACGGGACCAUCGGCCUGAGUGCGGCUGCCCGCUAUAACCAGUGCAACACGACCCGCGGCAAUGAGGUCAUGUCCGUUCUGAGCCGGGCCAAGAAAGCAGGGAAGUCCGUGGGGGUGGUGACCACCACUCGAGUGCAGCAUGCCUCACCAGCUGGCACAUAUGCACACACGGUGAACCGCAACUGGUACUCAGACACCGACAUGCCUGCCGAGGCGCUGAAUGAGGGCUGCCAGGACAUCGCCACACAGCUCAUCUCCAACACGGACAUUGACGUAAUCCUUGGAGGAGGCCGCAAGUACAUGUUUCCCACGGGGACCCCAGACCCUGAGUACCCAGACCAGAGUGGAGUUAGGGCAGACAACCGAAACCUGGUGCAGGAGUGGCUAGACAAGCACCAGGGUGCCCGCUACGUGUGGAACCGCACAGCGCUCAUCCAGGCAUCCCAGGACACCUCGGUUACACACCUCAUGGGCCUCUUUGAGCCAGCAGACAUGAAAUAUGAUGCAACCCGUGACACUAGCCAGGACCCCUCUCUGACGGACAUGACCGAGGCAGCCAUCCGCCUGCUGAGCAGGAACGCCCAGGGCUUCUACCUCUUUGUGGAGGGGGGCCGCAUCGACCACGGUCACCACGCAAGCAAUGCUUACAUGGCACUGACCGAAGCUGUCAUGUUUGACAUCGCCAUCGAGAGGGCGGGCCAGCUCACAAGCGAGAAGGACACACUGACCCUCGUCACCGCCGACCACUCCCACGUCUUCAGUUUCGGGGGCUACACACUGCGUGGGAGCUCCAUCUUGGGGCUGGCGAGCAGCAAGGCCUCAGACGGCAAGGCCUACACCUCCAUCCUGUACGGCAACGGGCCCGGCUACGCGCUCGGCACCGGCUCCAGGCCCGAUGUCAACGAGAGCCAGAGUAUGCUCCCCGACUACAAGCAGCAGGCCGCGGUGCCCCUGUCGUCCGAGACGCAUGGCGGCGAGGACGUGGCGUUGUUCGCGCGCGGCCCGCAGGCGCACCUCGUGCACGGCGUGCAGGAGCAGAACUUCGUGGCGCAUGUCAUGGCCUUCGCCGCCUGCCUCGAGCCCUACACGGACUGCGGCCUGGGGCCCUCUGCCAGUACGCCCAGCGCCGCGCCCCCAGCCGGCACCACGAGCGCCGCGCCCCCCCCGCUGUCGAGGCCGCUGCUGGCCGGGCCACUGCUGCUGCUGCUGCUGCUGCUGCUGCCCGCCGCCUCCUGA